AUGGCUACCUGCUCCUUUGGAGUUCUGCUGUUGUGCCAGAAUUCUCCCCCCCCUGCCAGAAUUCUCCCCCCCUGCCAGAAUUCUCCCCCGCCUGCCAGAAUCUCCCCCUCUGCCAGAAUUCUCCCCUCUGCCAGAAUUCUCCCCCUCUGCCAGAAUUCCCCCUGCCAGAAUUCUCCCCCUGCCAGAAUUCUCCCCCUCUGCCAGAAUCCCCCCUGCCAGAAUUCUCCCCCUGCCAGAAUUCUCCCCCUCUGCCAGAAUUCCCUCCCCCUGCCAGAAUUCCCCCUGCCAGAAUUCUCCCCCCUCUGCCAGAAUUCCCCCCCCUGCCAGAAUUCCCCCCCCUGCCAGAAUUCCCCCCUGCCAGAAUCCCCCCUGCCAGAAUUCUCCCCUCUGCCAGAAUUCCCCCUGCCAGAAUUCCCCCUGCCAGAAUCCCCCCUGCCAGAAUUCUCCCCCCUGCCAGAAUUCCCCCUGCCAGAAUUCUUCCCCCUGCCAGAAUUCCCCCUGCCAGAAUUCUCCCCCUGCCAGAAUUCUCCCCCUGCCAGAAUUCCCCCUGCCAGAAUCCCCCUGCCAGAAUUCUCCCCCUGCCAGAAUCCACCCCCUGCCAGAAUUCCCCCUGCCAGAAUCCCCCCUGCCAGAAUUCUCCCCCUGCCAGAAUUCCCCCCUGCCAGAAUCCCCCUGCCAGAAUCCCCCUGCCAGAAUUCUCCCCCUGCCAGAAUUCUCCCCCUGCCAGAAUUCCCCCCUGCCAGAAUUCUCCCCCUGCCAGAAUUCCCCCUGCCAGAAUUCCCCCUGCCAGAAUUCCCCCUGCCAGAAUUCUCCCCCUGCCAGAAUUCUCCCCCUCUGCCAGAAUUCUCCCCUCUGCCAGAAUUCCCCCCCUGCCAGAAUUCUCCCCCUGCCAGAACCCCCCUGCCAGAAUUCUCCCCCUGCCAGAAUCCCCCUGCCAGAAUUCUCCCCCUGCCAGAGUCCCCCUGCCAGAAUUCUCCCCCUGCCAGAAUUCCCCCUGCCAGAAUUCUCCCCCUGCCAGAAUCCCCCUGCCAGAAUUCUCCCCCCCUGCCAGAAUUCUCCCCCCCUCUGCCAGAAUUCUCCCCCCUGCCAGAAUUCCCCCCUGCCAGAAUCCCCCCUGCCAGAAUUCUCCCCCUGCCAGAAUCCCCCUGCCAGAAUUCCCCCCUGCCAGAAUUCCCCCUGCCAGAAUUCUCCCCCUGCCAGAAUUCUCCCCCUCUGCCAGAAUUCUCCCCCUCUGCCAGAAUUCCCCCUGCCAGAAUUCUCCCCCUGCCAGAAUCCCCCUGCCAGAAUUCUCCCCUGCCAGAAUUCUCCCCCUGCCAGAAUUCUCCCCCUGCCAGAAUUCUCCCCCCCUGCCAGAAUUCUCCCCCCUGCCAGAAUUCUCCCCCUCUGCCAGAAUUCUCCCCUCUGCCAGAAUUCUCCCCCUGCCAGAAUUCCCCCUGCCAGAAUCCCCCUGCCAGAAUCCCCCUGCCAGAAUCCCCCCUGCCAGAAUCCCCCUGCCAGAAUCCCCCCUGCCAGAAUUCCCCCCUGCCAGAAUCCCCCCUGCCAGAACCCCCUGCCAGAAUCCCCCUGCCAGAAUCCCCCUGCCAGAAUUCCCCCUGCCAGAAUUCCCCCUGCCAGAAUCCCCCCCUGCCAGAAUUCUCCCCCUGCCAGAAUUCCCCCCUGCCAGAAUUCUCCCCCUCUGCGUUCUUCAUGAGAUUUCUGCUCUUCACUCCAUUGCCAGUUUAA